AUGGAGAAUAUAACUAAAUAUGAUCCAUUUCUUUCACAUUUUGAAACAUUAAUAGAUGAAAAACAAAUCAAUAAUAAAUCAUCGAAAAAUAAAAUAGAUCUAUUUUCAUCAUCACUUGGUUCUUGUCAAUUCUCAUCAACUUCAUCAGAUAAACCACCUAUAUUACCAUGUCCAACAUCUACAAUUGAUUCAUUUUCAAUAAAAAAAUCACUUAUAUCAAAUAUUGAAACAUCAGGUAGUCAAUUAACACCAUUACAAUUUGAUUUUUUUUCAUUAAUUCAUAAUUAUUAUGAUGUUUAUUAUCCAAAUCGAACUAAUAUAAAUGAUGUUGGUGAACAAUUACGAUUUGUUAUUUGUUUACAUUUAAUAAAUCAUGUAUUAAAAACACGUUCACGUAUAUUAUCACAUAAUGCAAAAUUAAAAGAAAAUCCUGAUCUUGAUUAUCAUGAUCAAGGUUUUACAAGACCUAAAGUUCUUAUUAUUGUACCAUUUCGUGAGAGUGUUCGACGUAUUAUAAAUUGUUUUGAAAAUCUUUUAUUAACUAUGGAUGAUAGUGAAAAAAAUGAUCAAAUACAAAUGAGUCAUCGAAAAAGAUUCAAAGAAGAAUAUGGUGGUGAAGAAAUUGAUAAUGAAAAUAAUGAUAGUAAAUUUCAACGUACAUCUAAUGAAUAUAAUGAAAUAUUUGCUGGAAAUAUUGAUGAUCAUUUUCGAUUAGGUAUAUCUGUAACACGUAAAUCAUUAAAAUUUUUUCAAUCUGUAUACAAAUCUGAUUUUCUUAUCGUAUCACCUGUUGGUCUUCGAACAUUACUUGAAAAACGUCAUCGUAAACGUAAACAUAAACAAUCAUCGGACAGUUCUGAAUCUGAUAGUGAUAAUGAAAAUACAAAUGAAAAUAAAGCAUCUUCAAUAGCUGAUUUUUUAUCAUCAAUUGAAUGUAUUUAUAUUGAUCAAUUAGAUAUAUUAUCAAUGCAAAAUCUUGAUCAUUUAUUUUAUAUAUUAGAAAAUUUAAAUUGUAUUCCACAACAAGCAACAUCAUCAACAGAUUUUUCUCGUAUACGUCAUUGGUCAUUAAAUGGUUGGGCACGUUUCUAUCGUCAAUUAAUUGUUUUAUCAUCAUUUACAAGUCCAUUAUUUCUUAGUUUAUUUCAUCGUUUUUCAACAAAUUAUUCUGGACAAUGUUUAAUUCAACCAUCAUUUCCAUUAAAUGGUUAUAUACGUCCAUUAUCAACAUUUAAUCAAUUAUUUCAACGUAUACCAGUAUGUGAUCCAACAUUAAGAUUUAAUUAUUUUAUUGAACAUAUUCUACCACGUUUUGAUACAUCAGCAUAUGAGCAUACAUUAAUUUAUUUAUCAUCAUAUUUUGAUUUUGUACGUUUAAAAAAUUAUAUGCGUACAGAAAAACAUAAACAAUUUAAUUAUUUAACAUUAAAUGAAUAUUCAACAAAAAAACAAAUUCUAUUAGCAAGAAAUAUAUUCUAUCAUCGUCAAGUACGAUUUUUAUUAAUGACCGAACGUUUUCAUUUUUAUCAUCGUUAUCGUAUAAAAGGUAUACGUCAUAUAUUAUUCUAUGAUUUACCAUCAUAUGGACAUUUCUAUCCAGAAAUUGUACAAUUUUUAACAUUACCACAUGUUAUAGAUAAGAAAAAAACAACUCAAACAAAUCAAACUGAUGAACCAAGUACAUGUACGGCAUUAUAUGCCAAAGAAGAUGCAUUAAAAUUAGCUUAUAUACUUGGACAAAAUGCUGUUACUGAUUUGUUAAAUUCAGAGAAAAAUACACAUUUAUUUACGAAUAAAUAA